UAGUUGAUAACUCUGUUUUCUUCUCUUGUGUCACCUGACUUGCUUACUGACUUGGGGCUGCAAAUUAAGUGUGAACAUUAGUAGUGUAAUUAUUUCUAAAUUGUGCACUGAAAAGAGUGAAAAAUGUCUGGAAAAGACAGAUUAGCCAUAUUUCCAUCCCGAGGUGCUCAGACACUGAUGAAAAGUCGUCUCAAGGGAGCUCAAAAGGGACACAGUUUGUUAAAGAAGAAAGCUGAUGCUUUGCAAAUGAGAUUUCGUCUGAUUCUUGGUAAAAUUAUUGAGACUAAAACUCUGAUGGGGGAGGUCAUGAAGGAAGCUGCGUUCUCAUUGGCCGAAGCCAAGUUCACCACCGGAGACUUCAACCAGGUGGUUCUCCAGAACGUAACGAAAGCUCAGAUCAAAGUGCGCACAAAGAAGGAUAACGUGGCUGGUGUAACUCUGCCAGUGUUCGAGAGUUACCAAGACGGCACAGACACUUACGAGUUGGCCGGUCUGGCUCGAGGUGGUCAACAGUUGGCCAAACUGAAGAAGAACUAUCAGAGCGCUGUCAAACUGUUGGUGGAGCUUGCAUCACUGCAGACCUCCUUCGUAACUCUGGACGAUGUCAUCAAGAUCACUAAUCGGAGAGUGAACGCCAUCGAGCACGUGAUUAUUCCUCGUAUUGAGCGAACUCUGGCUUACAUUAUCUCAGAACUGGAUGAAUUGGAGAGAGAGGAAUUUUACAGAUUGAAGAAGAUCCAGGAUAAGAAGCGUAUUGCUCGAGUCAAGCGUGAGGCAUUAGAGGCGACCAACAAGGCAGCAAAUCUCGCUCUAGAGGCUGCCAACAUGCUGGACGAGGGCGAUGAAGACUUGUUGUUCUAAGUUACAACUUGUGCUUUCGUUAGUAGUCUUAACGGAUGAGUUGAAUGGAUGGUUUCACUCAUAAAUCAUUGUCCAAAAAUGUAAACUUCAUAAAAAUUUGAUCAAUUUGCUUAAGAUGUAACAUUUGUCUCUGGACUUAGGCUAAAAUAAGAUCCUGUACUCAAAGUAUAGUUGUAGGGAUUGUUUUAGGGUUUUUGGAUGUUAUAGUUAUAUUUUUUUUUGUUUCCACAGGUAGGAACAUUAAAAGUACGGAAAUGUGUUUCUUGUAACAUUGUCCCCACUACACUAAGAAACUGUCAAAUAAUAUGUUAAUGACUUUUUCAUAACCCCCAAGUUCAUAUAGUUAUCUGAAAGCUUGUAGGUAGGUGAUAUAUUGUAAAAGAAGGUAUGACUGCUGUAUUUUCAAAGCUGAUAAGUGAUUAUUUUGUUACACAUCUCUAAAACUAGUUUAAAAGUAAAUUCAAAUUGAGUGAAAUUACUUUUAAGUCUUUAACCAUCCAACCAGGCAGGUUUGGGGUGUACAAAUAAUUACAUGCAUAUAAUUCAAUGUUUCAAGGAUUCCGAUUACUCUGGAUAUUUUACACAUUUCCUAAACUAUUAUAAAGAUAUACUUCCGCUUUCCAGACAAAUUGUCUUAUCUAUUUACCUUAGCAUCGGAUAAUUUGUUUGUAAUUGUUCUGAAAUCAAACUAGGUAAAAAAGAGGUUUGUAACUACAUAAAUAACUAUCUAUUCUUAUAAAGUUUAUGAUAGAGAAUAUCAAUUAUUUGGCGCUUCCACAAAAAAAAUCUACUAUUCAAAAGACCAAAUUUAAUUAUCAUUCCAGUUUAGAAACAAGUUAUUAGAGUUUAGAUAAAAUAAUAUGUACAGUACGUUUGAAUGUAAGAUAUUGGUGUUAUUGGUAUUGUUUUAAGUUUAUAAAUGUAAAUAAGAAAUAUAAAAUAAUAAAAUUGCAUUAUGCUAAGCAGACACAAGUUAA